CGAAUCGUAGCCCACAGUAACCUGGAGUCAUUCUCAAAGGUUCCUGGCAUAGAUGCCAAACAUGUGGAUAGCUUCGUUCAUCAUAGGCUAGAUGUAAGAACAACAUAUCUAGUUAUAGUCAUGUUGAGGUCAUGGAAAUAAUUUUAAAUAAUGAUAGUUACAGAUUUAAAUACAUAAAUGUAAAUUUUGCAAUUAAUUUUUUUUGCUGAAUACUACUUAACAUUCAUAAGAGUAGUUCUUGUAAUUUACGUAUGUAAAUAUUUACCAUAUGGUUUGAAAAAAAAAUUCCAAAAUUUAUUUUAUUAAUCAUGAAAUCAGUCACAUUUAUUACCGUAUUUGAUUUUCUUUGGAAAAUUUUAUUUCAAAUAUUUUUUUCAUCAAAUAUUUUAAAGAUGAAUUAAACAUUUUUUUUUUUUUCUUCUCAUCUCAAAUUAAUACAGCGUAGGUAAGUAGAAUAAUAAAUGUGUCUCAUAAAAAAUGUUACCUUCUGAAAUUUGCUUAAGUUGAUCUCAAAGCUAAUAAGAGCUACUUUUGUUUUCUCUUGAUCAGAAUGAUUCGGGUUGGAAAGAGCUUGAUGUAUACCAGAAGAUAAAACGUUGUUGCAUGCACUACAGCUACCCUCAGAUGCCAUGGAUGUCAACCUUUCCAAGAUCAUCUUCUGACUUUAAAUCUAGG